AUGGAGAAGCCAUAUGUGACUUUUAGAUUACUUAAUCAGUUUUUCCCCAGUGAUGGUGAAAACUUGAAGGAUAUAAUCAGCCUGAGAGUUCUAGUUACUCUCAUUGAUGAUUUGCCUACAGCUUCUAUGUGCCUAUCAGUUCUAGGAGCUGCAGGCAAGCACUCCAAGAAAGAUGAAGAGGAAAAUUUGAUAGCUGAUUUGGAAAAUGAAAGAGCUGAGAAAAUGGCUUGGGCCCUGAAUCAAAAGCAACAUCUGAAGACAAAGGAGCUUGCUAACAAGACACUUUGUGGAUCCUUGUUGCAGGAUGAUGAUAAAAAGUGCAAAGUAAAGAAGAAAAAGAAUAGCAAGUCAGCUUCUGAAUCUCUUUCUGUCGGAGUGAAUGCAUCUGCAGUUGCCGAAACUGUCAUUUAUGAGACGGAGGAGCAAUCCAAGGAUAAAAAGAAAAAGAAAGAUAAAUCAAGCAGUGAUAGGAAUGAUAGCCAAUUUGAAUCACUACCUACAGUGACGACAGUCAAAUUAAGGGACAAUGCAUCUACAAAUGCCAAAACUGUCAUUGGUGAGACAGGGAAGCGAUUCAAGGAUAAAAAGAAAAGGAAAGACAAAUCAAGCAGUGCUGGGAAUAUAGAGGGGCUUCAGACUGGAGAUCACAAUGAAACUGAUUCUAACAAGGAUAGUUUCGAGACGUCAAAUGAAGAUGUGACAGGCAAGAAGAAGAAGGAUUCUAAAAAGCAAAGAAGACUCACAUAUGAAGAAAUUGAUGUGCUGCCUGCAGAUGGAAAGAUGGAUGAGGAACCCGGACGCAGAAAGAUAGAAAAUUUGAAUGAUUCCAAGAGAGAUCAGAAAUCAACGAAGUUGAAUGGAAACCUCAAAAGUGAUUAAAAUUCUGAUAAAGCAAAUGUCAGGCAAACUAUUCAAGGUAGUGAUCAGUUACAACAGCCAUCUGGUGAACAAUUU